CGGAAGGGGAAGCUAUGAGCCAGGGGCGAGCGCGCGUGCGCGGGCUGAGAAAACGACGGGGAACCCCAGGCGGGAGCGCGCGGCGUCUCCACCCGAGACGAGAGACUAGCAAGAAAGGAUGAAAUCAACAGACCUGUGCCUUAGCUCUCAAGGGUCUGAAGUUGUUCUAGCCACAUCAAAUGAUGAAAAAUACCCCCCUGAAAACAUCAUUGAUGGAAGUUCAGAAACCUUUUGGACAACAACAGGAAUGUUCCCCCAGGAAUUCAUUAUUAGUUUUCAUAAAUGUGUGAAAAUUAGCAAACUCACAAUCCAGUGUUACUUAGUGCGGAGUUUGAGGAUUGAGAAAAGCUUAUCUAAAGAUCCAGUAGAUUUUGAAGUGUAUACUGAAAAAGAUUUACAAUACACAGAAGGGGCGCUUCAAACGGAAGAAUUUUCUCUUCCUGAAUUCCAGGCUACCUACUUGCGAUUCAUCAUCAAAUCUGCCUAUGAUCAUUUUGUUUCAGUGCACACAGUGAUGGCAGAAGGAGUAGCAGAAAAUCUUUAAGACCAAAUUUAAAGAAUUGCCUCAAAUUAUUUUGUAAUAUUUGUAGCAUAAAGGAUAUAUUUAUUAUUCAAACAUUAUAUUAAAAUGGAUUUUUGAAAUAUGGCUCCAGUAUGUCGUGUCCCCCACCCCCCAGCCAUUUAAUGUGUAAUGCAGUACAACUAUUAACUCUGGUAAUACGUUUGUAGUUUUCCAAUGUAGAGUACAAAUGUUGAAGAAUUACUUUUUGCUUAACCAUUAACAUAUGAGUAUAAUGGAUUCCACUUCUGAAUUGCAAUAUGUUGAGAUUAAAAGGCUAUUUACCAUA